AUGAAGCCACGGAUCAUCAACGGAAAGCUGGAAGUUGAGCAAAUCAUUGACGCCGAACUCACGAUACAUCGCGACGACGACAACCACAACCACAACGAUACAAUCAUGCUCGACGUCGUCCCGAAUUUCGGAACAUCUGACAAAUGGCCAAAUUUUGAAUUGAAUUACAGCGAAGCAGCACGCGUGCUCAACUCACAGCGGCGAAACGCUACCAAGCUAUUGACAGAGGAUCUACCGGACUACGGUGCUGUAUUUCAGCAGCAAAAAUGGUCAAAAUUUUUUGAACGAGUGGCCGGUGCCAUGACGAAUAUGUUACAGAGCACUGCGUCUCCGAAUCAUGUUAACGUCACUGGGUGGGCAAUGAGAAAUGAGACGCGCUACCAAGUUCGGUGGGAAUGGUUCAUCAUGCCACUGCUGCUGGUACUAUUGUCGGCGGUAUUCCUAGUAUUGACUGCAUGGAAGUCGACUAAGAAGCCAUAUUUAUUCAAGAAUUCGAACAUAGCCCUGUUGGCAGACGGUUUAGACGGCUGGAAUGCAGACGAGUGGAGAAAGAUUCAAGGGGAGAUUGGAUUGAGACAAAAGGAGACUGACGGCGACUUGUUGAAGCUAGCCGUGACAUACCGGGCAACUUUCGGGCGAAAUACAGAAGGAGACUUGAUGAUCCUGAAGGCCGAGUGA